AGAUAACAACAGCACAAAACUCGCAACGUUGUCUGAUUCCCAUUUCUCACACUAUUAUAUACCUCGCCAGUCUCUCUCUACAAAUUCAUCUUUCUCUCUCUACAUUUUGGUCUCCAUUGGAGAGCUUUUCCUGCUUACCCUCCUCCGCCACAACCUUCCAACUAUGGCGGAACACGAUCUCAUCAGUCCUCUUCUCACCGAGGACCGCCUAUCUCAACCCGCCGAUGAACCCCAAGUCAUCAUAACCGUCGAUGACGAUCGGAAUUCCAAUCAACCCAACAUUCAAAAUGAUCAAACAAACAAUACCCAUUUGGGAAUUGAGAAUCCAUUCGAGUUUCUGGGUGCUAGGCCUGUCGAAGUCCCUGCGACUUCCACGAUCGAUCCGUUUAGGAACCACACGCAGAGGAUUGAAGGGGUUUAUGAGUGGUUGAAGAUCUUGAUUUGUGUUCCGAUUGCGAUUGUGAGGCUCGUGUUGUUUGGGUUGUCUUUGUUGGUUGGUUUUGUGGCUACAAAGUUUGCUUUACAGGGUUGGAAGGAUAAGCAGAAUCCAAUGCCGAAAUGGAGGUGUAGGCUCAUGUGGGUGACUCGAAUUUGUGGUCGCUGCAUCCUAUUUUCUUUUGGUUACCAUUGGAUAAAACGUAAAGGAAAACCCGCUCCAAGGGAGACUGCUCCUAUUGUUGUAUCUAAUCAUGUAUCAUAUAUUGAACCUAUCUUCUUUUUCUAUGAAUUGUUUCCCACCAUUGUUGCGGCUGAAUCCCAUGAUUCCAUACCUUUUGUUGGAACCAUAAUCAGAGCAAUGCAGGUUAUUUAUGUUAAUAGGUUCUCAUCAUCAUCAAGGAAGCAUGCUGUUAGUGAAAUAAAGAGAAAGGCUUCUUCCAAUAGAUUUCCUCGUUUGCUUUUAUUUCCCGAGGGAACAACAACAAAUGGAAGACUUCUCAUUUCUUUCCAACUUGGUGCAUUUAUCCCUGGAUAUCCUGUCCAGCCAGUGAUUGUUCGCUAUCCCCAUGUACACUUCGACCAAUCCUGGGGAAAUGUUACUUUGGCGAUGCUCAUGUUUAGAAUGUUUACGCAGUUUCACAAUUUCAUGGAGGUGGAGUAUCUUCCUGUUGUUUCACCCCUUGAAAAUCAAAAGGAAAAUGCUGUCCAUUUUGCUAAAAGGACUGGCCAUGCUAUCGCUACUGCUCUUAAUGUCGUACAAACAGGUCAUGCGUACGGGGACUUCAUGCUGUUUGCAAAAGCUGCCGAGUCCAAACAGGAAAAUCCUACACUUUAUAUGAUUGAAAUGAAAAAGGUGGAAUCGACAUUCCAUUUAAGCAGUUUGGAAGCUAUGGACUUCCUGGAUACAUUUCUUUCCAUGAAUCCAGAUUCCAGUGGACAUGUUAAAAUCCAUGACUUCUCCAGGGUUUUGAGAUUGAAGUCUUGCAGCCUUUCUGAAAAGACAGACAGGACAGCAAAGAAACAUCAAAAUUACUGAUCUGCAAGAGCACAAAAAAAAUAAUAAUAAUAACAAUUGCUGAUCUGCAAGGGCAAAAAAAAAAAUUGGCCCUGGCAUACUCGAAACAUACCAAUGACGUACCAAUGGCGUACCUAUACUGUACCCAAAUGAACCAAACGUACCAGACCCUCUUUUGCCGUACCCAAUACGCAUGCCGCCGUAUCGGUACGCGUACCCGCACCCGGUAAGUACUCGGUACUCGUACGACACUAUUUUUGGAGUACUCGUACUUCAUAGAUUAGGUCUAAUGGAUAUUUUUUAUUAGUGAGAGGUCCACCCUUUGUGAAAUAGUUUGGUGAGAAAUCCUUUUAUUGUUUUCAAGGAUUUUUUUUUUUAAUUUUACCUCAUAAUCUAUCUAUUGAUUUUUUGGAUUAUCUGUUCAAUUAUUAUUUUUUACUUGUUUAGUUUUUUGACUAUUUGUUCAAAUUCUUUCCCUUAUCUGUUCAAAUAUCUGUCCAAAUUUUAUUAUCUGUUCAAUUUUUUUCCUUAUCUAUUUAAAUCUAUCUCUCUUCCCACUAUCUGUACAAAUAAAAUUCAAAUUCAACAACAACAACAACAACAAUAACAAAUUUAUCUCUAUCUAUUCAUAUCAACAACAAAGAUUUAAUAUGUUGCAAAUAUCUAUUUCAUCAUCAUCAUUAACAACAACAAAAAGAUCACUUCAAACUUCAACAGAUCACCCACACACACCCACAACAACACCAACAACAGAUAAAGAGAAAAAAGAAAAAAAAAAGGUCACUCCAAAUUUCAACAAAUCACCUACACACCUACACACACUUCAUUAGAUCAAACAAUAAAUUGUUAUAUUUAUAGCAAGCCAUAAAUAUAGAGGUUGGACUCGUCAAACAAUAAAUUUAAGGAUACGUAGACUUGGCAAAAAAAAAUUGUUAUAUUUAUAUUUUUAAUUAAGUAUGUGUGAUAAAAUAGUACUCUAUGUAACUUAUAGUGUUAAAAAGACAUUUAUAGCAAUUAUAUAAUAAUAUGUACAUAUAAUAAUAGUGUUAUAUACAAUUAUAUAAAAAGUAUCCGUUGAAAAGUAUCGAACACAUUCCAUACCCUUGUUCGAGUGUCGGGUGUCCGACAUGAGUAUUUGAUUUAUUUUGAAGAGUUCGUGUAACAUAGUUGGCAAGUGAUUUGAGCACAGAAUAUGAAUAGCAAGCCAUGAGCCAAGCUUGUAACGGAACAUGAUGCCGGCAAUGAAACUGGAGUAAUCGAUCUAUGAUGAUCUAGAUCGAGGAGGGUUGGAUUUGGAUCUAGAUCUGGAUUUGGAUUUCACAGCUAGUGUCGGAUCUGGAUCUCAUGAUGGAAACCGAUCUGGAUCUCGAUGGCUGAAGUCACUGUUGUGGAGGGUUCAUAGUUAAAGCGGCGCAUGAGAAGUCCAUCGACUAAUUUUGCUAGAAAAACAACAAAAGCUCAAGCUCUUCAACUCCCCAUUGUCGAUCAAAAGUUGAUUCAACUUUGAAUCUCCAUCGAACUUGACGAGUUCAUUUGCAUCGCAGUUGUAGAGAGGGAAGAGAGGAAGAGAGACAACUUCGACGUCAACGACAGCAGAGGGGCAGAUCUGGUUGGCAGAGAGAGUGGAGAGAGUGGGGGCAGAGUAGGGGACGCGAGAGAGAGAGAGAGAGAGAGAGAGAGAGAGAGAGAAGAGGAGAGGAGGGGGUGAGUGUUUGGCUCAUUUGACCGUGUAUACAAUAUAUAUAUAUAUAUAUAUGGGUAUUCUGAUCAUUUUGCUUAACCAUGUCCUUAUGGAUAAAAUAUUUUAGAGUGUAGACUUUUGAUCAAACAAAAUUCAAUUUGGAUUUAUAGAUCGAGUGCCCUUAAAAUAAUCAUAAA